AUGUUUCGUCAAUCCGCGCUCCAAACCCUUUCCAAGGCCGCUCGGCCGAUUACCACUCCCGUAUCCCGUUCUUUCAGCAGCACUGCCAUUCGCGAUCACGCCCGUCUCACCGUUGUUGGUCGUCUUGGUGCGCAACCAGAGGUGGCGACAUCAUCAAAUGGGCGGGAAUAUGUGAAAUACUCUGUUGGUACCAACUAUGGCCCUCGUGACAACCAGCAAACCAGCUGGUUCCGAGUGACGAGCUUUGUCCCUGAAGGCCCUGGCAGAGAUCACCUACUCAACCUCCCAAAGGGAACAUUGAUGCUUGUUGAAGGAGAUGCUACUAUGCGAGUAUCAGAAGAUAACGAGGGAAGGAAAACCAGCAUGCUGGGCUUUGUCCAACGUGAGCCUAUCCGUCCCAUUUACGGCAUAUUUAACAUAUACAUUAUCAACGAUCUAAUAUUCUUUUCUGAACUAGGCCAUUAUGAAGUUCUCAGCCGACCCUUCAACCCUAACCGCGACGAAGAAUCGAAGUAA